AUGUUUAGCCGAGACUUGAGGUUUAGGCGGACUCUUGCCCCCUUCACUACUCAUCACUUUAGCGGCAGCAACACCAGCGAAACAUGCUGCAGCAACGACGAGAGUUGCAACAAUCUCCGGCAUCCCUUCGGUUCUGUUAAGAAGGGAGGAUUGCCCAAGAUCGACAGGCCGCCUGCUGCUGCUGUUGCUGGCUCUUGUACGACAGCAGCUGCUGCUGCAGCCGCAGCUGCUGCUGCUGUGCUGCAGCCACGCCAACUGCUGCGCGCUCUCCCGUUUUUGCCACCGCAUCAGAUCGGCGUUUCUCUGCAGCAGCUGGGGAGACACCGGAGAAGGCUGCCGCAGCAUUUCUGGCUUGCUGCUGCAGAGACGCUCUUGAGGGAGGAGCAGCCUGCUGCUGCAACAGCGGCAGCUGCUCUUGAACACACAUACAUCAGCCACCUCGGCAAACCUCAACAGAUACAGCAGCAACAGCAGCAGCAGCUACUGCUGCAGGCUCCACCUUCCCGCUGCAACGCAAACUGCAGCAGCAAGAGCAACAGCGGUGGAUCCCUUUUGUCGCAAUUGCAGCCGGAGCACUGCAGCACAAUCUCUAAUGCGUUUGCUGCUGCAGGGAGGCCUCAUCCCCGUCUCUUUGCUGCUCUCAAUGAAAGAUUUGCAGUAGCAGCAGCAGCUGCUGCUACGGCGGCAGCUGCAGCGAAUGGUGCUAGCGCUGCGGCUGCUCACUCCAGCGGGGUAAGGGCAGGGGGAGGUGCUGCAGCAAGCGCAGCAAUGGCAGCAGAGGCGGCAGCAGCGGAAGCAGCAAGGCUGCAUCCGCGGCACGUCUGUGUCCAUUUCAACGCCCUGGGCAACCUGAGAAUGCGCGAAGCCGCUCUGCACUUCAUUCAGGUGCUGGACAGCAGCAGCAGCAACAGUGGUGGUGUGUGGCCUUCCAUCAUUGCCAGCAGCAGCGGGUGCGACCUCUCGAUGCUGUUUUCUGCACUUGCGAAGCUGCACAUACACCCGGGGAUGCUGCUGCAGCGCAUGCUGCAGCGGUUGCGACAGCUGCUGCUGCAGCAGGUGCUCCAGUACCCAAGACACCACGAAGGGCAGCAGCAGCGGGAGCAAAAAAAGCAAAUGGAGCAGCAGGUGCAGCAGAAGCAGCAACAGCAGCAUGCACUGGAUGGCCGCAGCGCUGCAAACAUAUGGGCUGCAAUGGCGGAGCUGCAAAGCUCGGUGCAGCAGCAGCAGCUGCUGGUGCUGCUGUUGCUGCUAAGUGAUGUGCUGCGUGCUCACAUCCUGGCUGGAGGACUGACUGCACUUGAGGUGGCCCUUGUAGCAAAUGCAGCCCCCAAAUUUACCCAGCAGCAGCAGCAGGUUGGUUUGCUGCAGCAGCAGCAGCAUUUCCACCAGCUUCUGCAUGCAAUCGAACGCCAUGUUCGAGAGUUCGGGCGUCUGUACACCUCACAGGGGCUGACCCUUGUGCUGCAUUCCUUCGCCCGACUACAACAGCCGUCCCCACUGCUAUUUGCUGCUGCUUCGCCGCUGCUGCUGCAACUUCUGCCGUCGUUCAAAGCCCAGUGCUUCGCUGCUGCUGCUUUAGCCUACAGCAGCAGCACCUGCUGCCUUCCACAGCAGCAGGUGCGAGCGCUCCUGCUGCGCUUCUGCAACGAGCUGGAGGCCCGCGCAGCAAUCGCAGCAGCAGCAGCAGCAGCAGAGCCACUGCCUGGUUUUGCUGCUCAACAAGUAUGCGGAAUUCUUGGGGCUUUGGCGCAUGCAGGCUGCUGCACGGCGGGGGCCUUUGAGGCUCUAUGCUGUCAGCUGGUGCUGCUGCAACAAAAGAAGAUGCUGCUGCCUCGUGAUGCAGCUGAAGCAGCUGCAGCUAUGGCGGCCCUGCAGCUGCUGCAUGCGCCUCUCCUAAGAGACCUCGUCUCUGCUGCUGCUGCUGCUGCAGCAAAUUAUUCUCCCCAAAACAUAACCAAACUCCUCUGUGCAGUGGCGCACUUCGCUGGAAACGGCAGCGGCAGAACAAAUUCUGCUGCUACUGCUGUAGGGAACGGUAAUGCGGCAAGUACAAUAUGGCGGGAGGCGGGGACUCGACUCGCUUUUGCUGCUGCUGCGGCGGCAACUGGAACAGCCCCAAGUGCUGUUGCUGCCGCUGCUGCUCAUUUGCCUGAGGAAUGGCAACCACCAGCAGCGGCGGCAGCACACGUUCAGGCAGAGUGGGACGCAGAUGCAGCAUGCAGGUUUCUCCAAGGCUGCUUCAUGCUGCAGCUUGAUGCGCCGAAUAUAACCGAAUGGGCCUGGAGAGUUGCAUUUCACAGCAGCAAACCGCCGACCCUUUCAGCUGUUGCUUCUGCUUUGAGUUUCUUUGCAAAGUCACAGAAUCCUCUUCAACAUCACGAAACGCUGGCAGUCAUUCGUGCAGCCAUAGCAGCUGCAGAUUUUGACCUGAAAGCAGCAGCAACUGCUGCUGCUGCAACUUCGAGACUAACGGCAGCCCUGGGGAAUACGUCAGUUAUAGCUGCUGCACUGGUGCGCCUGUCUGUUAACAGUAGCAACCCACACAUUCUUCAGUUGCUGCUGUUUUCUCGUGCUGGGCCCAUGCUGCAGCAGCAGCAGCAGAUACUGCAGCAGCAACAACAGCGGACCCAGCAACAGCAGCACCAGCGUUGUGCCGGCAUGCAAAGUCUAGCGCUCCUUGUUCUAUCCUGGGGAGCAGCCUCUAUCCAUGUGUCAAGACACUGCUACACCGCAGCAGCAGCAGCAGCAGAUAUACGGUUCCUGACGCCUAUCGUGUUCUUGCUGCAGCGGCAGCAGCAGCAACACCAGCAGCAGGAUACACCAAGGGACAGCAGCAAAGCUGCAGCACGCCAGCUGCUUCUGGGGGUUGCUUGUUGGUGGCAUGCGCAUGCUGCUGCUGCUGUUGCUGCAACGGUACCCAUUCAGCUUCUUCGGCUGGCGCUGCAAAUCGUCCGGAUCACAGAGGCUGUUUGCAAACCCUCCUUGGUGGCUACGCAUCAGCAGGAGCCGCAUGAGCAGCAGCGGGAGGAUCGGCAAGAGCAGCAGUUUGUGCAGCAGCAAAAUGACGUUUGUGAUAUCAGAGCCACAGAUGAAGAGACCUCCGAAAUGCACGUCCAGGUGUCUGCUACUUUGGCUUCAACUCUAGCGAAGCAGCGGCGGCAGCAGCAGCAACAGCAGGAGAGAUUUCCUCACUGGCAGCUCCUUGUGGAACACCAAGUUGGCGUCUACCGCAUCGACUUGCUGCUGCUCGCUAAACACCAAACAAGUACGCAGCUAGCUAGUAGCUGGCUGGUGGCCGGCUAA